AUGAGUUUUAAAUUUAAUCCAAUUGCAUUUAUUAGUCGUCGAAGUUCGAAAGUUCAGGCUAAGAAACGCAGUGAAUCAGCUGAUCAAACAUCAUUAAGUCAGAAUGAUAGCGAUAAUGAAUUUCAGAGUCCCGUGGUCAGAUCUCGUACAAGACCUUCAAAGAAAAUCUCAUCCGGACAAGAUCCAAAAUCUUUCCCUUCAUCUUCUAUUCGAGCUCAGGUACUUGCAAGUCUCAGAAGAACUCGAAGUCCUAAUCGUAAAGCUCAUCAAAAGUCGGUCAGGGCAAUAUCUGUUCCACCAAGUACGAUUGAAAAUAAUACCUCAACCCACAUCAAUAGUACCGUUACUAGUACCACUAUUAAUGAUCAUUGUAAAGUAGCAAGUGUAGUUAGUUCAAAAUUUGGCGAACGACAAACAAAUGAAUGUGAAUCUCCAGCACCUCUAGCUCAAGAUGAUUGUUUUGAAUUAACAGAUAUGUCGGAUGUAGAAAGUGAUCCUAUGCAUAAAUCUCAAACAUUUCAGCGGUCAACAAGUGAUGAAAACAAGAAGCUAAAAACAACAAUUGGAACAAUGGAUGAUAAUGAAUCUAAUACACCGGUUGGAUCACAAUCACAAUCUCUUGAAAAUAUUAAUAUCGGGUCGAAUAAUCUAUCGUCCAGUGUACGUGAUAAUUACAAUGAUAAUAAAAAUGAAAUUGACAAAAACAUUUUAUCAACUUAUACGUAUGACAGUACAGAUUUACAAUAUGAAUCGGAAGGAGAGAAUUCGAUGGAAAAUGGGUAUGCAAUCUAUGCAAAUAAUAACAAUUAUUUUGAUGAUGAUAAAAGUGUAACAAAAUUAGUUGUUGAAUAUGAAAUCGACUAUCCUGUGAUUGAUCAUACUGAUUAUGAUGACGUCUUAUCAUUUACUAAUGAAACACCAAAGCAAUCCUCAUUAUCUAGUGAUAAUGAGGAGGAACACGAUAUAGGAGAACAAGAUGAUGAAAGUAAAAAAAGUAUUCCAAGUUCAAUGAAUCAAUCAAUCACAUCUAUAAAACAGCCAGAUAAAGAAGAGGAUGCAAACAAAGAAAAUAUACAGUGCGAUACUAGAAAUGUAUACCAAGACGAAACUGAUGAUCGGCAAUAUGUUCCUAGUCAUUCAGAAGACGAUUAUUAUAGAUAUGAUGAAGAAAAUCAACAACCACUAGUUAUAACUAUUGAGAAGGAACAAAACAUUCGAGUAAAUGAAACUAACUAUAGUAAAGAAGUACAGGAACAAGAGAAUAUUGAUCAGUAUGAAUCAAGUAAUGAAGAACUAAGUCAAGAUCCAUUUUCGCUUACUAAAUUAACUGCUUACAAUUCAGAGUGGGAAAAUAUGCGUGAUAACAGAGACACUUAUUUAACAACACCUUCAAUCAUUAUCACAUGUGCAUCUACUGAAAGCUUGAUGAAAAUAAAUAAUGAAAAUAGUUUAACACCUCCAAUGAGACCACCACCACCUCCAGUCCCUCCAUCGCCUUCUCAUUCACAAAAGAGACGUAAAAAGGAUAAACUUUUUGGGUUAGUCGAUCUUGGACCACUCCCAUCAGAUCCAGAUCCAAAUUUUCCUUUUCGUAGUCAUUUUGAAAAAAGUGUUCUACCAAAUCCCAAAAAAGCUAUACAACGUAUUUUACGUGGAGAAACUAAAGCUGAACGACGUCAAAGAAAAGAACAACAAGAAUUAAAUCGUCUACUGAAAGGUCCUAGUGAUAAAACUGAACAAAUAAUUAAACUUGAACCGUCACCACAUUCUAAAGAUUGGCAAGAAUUUCAACAGCUUACAGCAAGAAUACAAAGUACUGUUGAAGAGUCAACAAGUAAAAUAAAAGCUUUAUCCUCAGUAUACCAUACUGAUGAUAAUGCACCAACAGAUUUAAAAACUGAUUAUAUAAGACCUGAAUUAGAAUUAACCGAAAACUGGGCAAAUUUCGACCAGAUAAAAACUACUGACGAAGAAAAUUGGGCAAAUUUUGAUCAGUCCAUUGCAACAUCGAAUAAUUACACGGAAUUCAAUCCUUUAGAUACUGAUAAGAAUUGGGCUAAUUUCCAAAUAGAAAAUUUAGAUUCAGAUAACAGUAACCUUGAAAACUGGGCUGAUUUUAAUCAGACUCCAACUACUACUGAUCAGAUUACUGAUACAAGGGAAUCAGAGCAACCAGACAACUGGGCAGUUUUUGAUCAGUUACAAACUUCUGCACAGUUCAUCAAUUCUAAACCAAUCGAAAGUAUCAGUGAAAAUUGGGCAGAUUUUAAUACAUUACAAGCAGCUAAUCAAUAUCCUCCAUAUACAUCAACAGGUGACGAGAACUGGGCAAAUUUCGACUUAAUCGCAGCCAAUAAUAGUUUACCAUCUAGUAAUACAGUAGAUAUAUUCAACAAAAACACUGGUUGUACAGAGCUAAAAAGUAGUGACAAUUUGUUUGGUGAUUUUGAGAACAUAAAUACUCUCUCAGAAAAUUCAUUUGAACAGCAUUGUCAGGAAAAAACAAGUGAAGACGAAGCUCAUAAAAGAGAUCACGGAACUAUAGUGGAAAAUAUCUUCGAUCCACAUUACAUAAAAUAUAUUGAAAACCCACAAGAUUUUCAUCAGUUAGAAACUGACCAAAAGUUUCUUGAUUUUAACAACUCCUACAAAUCUCAACAUCAACCAAAGCUCUCUCAUUUAGAUACCUCAGAGAUUGUCUCCGAAUUAGGAGUGACACAAUCAAUACCUGAAAACAUAACUAACAAAUAUAAUACCCUGGAAGAUACCGACGACCUUUUUAUCAGGAAGAAUUCUAUCGAUACAUUUGAGACUCAUUACACAGUAGCUGCAGAUAAUUUGAUAGACUGUAACUAUACAGAACAUUCUGAACAAAUUGUUGAAUUUGAUCAAGCAAAACAAACUGGCAUUGGUGAACGUUUAAACGAAUCGAGUCAUCCAACAACUGAGAUUAAAAGUGAUUUUAGUCAAACAGAAUCAAGUGAUAAUUAUUUUGUUGUAGAUCGUUCAGGAACUACUGAGAAUCUAUUUGGUUGUGAUUAUCCUUUGUCUAUAGUUGGACUUUAUAGUCAAACACUUGUUGAUACUGCACAACAAAAAAUAACUGGUAAAACCAAUUUAUUUAGUUCUUCCAAAACUAUUGAAAGCAACUCUAGUUGUAACAAUCCACAAAUUGUCAUAAAAACAUAUUCAUCAGAAAGUUAUUUCUUUCUGAUUGAUAACCAAGAAAUAAUUCAAGAGAAACUCCAUACUACCGGUAGCUAUUUCAGUAAUCCACACAUUUCACAGUUAAAUUUUAAAAAUAUGGAGGCAGAUAAAUUGAAUAGAUUUAAUGAACUAGACGAUAAUGAAGUAGUUCAGUCCAACCCGAUUAUGGAUAUUUCUGAGGAAAAUUAUCAUAACGAUUAUGAUAUCGAACAUGGAAAUUAUGAACAAAAAGACGAUUUCGAUCCGAAAAUUACAGCUGAUUCAAGUUCAUCCACAUCUUCAUACGAAGAUGAUGAACAACACGCUGUUAAAGAAGAUGAAGACGAGGUAGAAGGAGAAGAAGAAGAGGAAGAAGUAGGACCAAAAGUACAUAAUGAUAUUAUCGGUGAGUAUACUUUAGGAUAUCAUCAGAAUUAUGACAAUACCGAUUAUACUGACGAAGAGGAAAUGAUGUUUACAACAAAUGCCCCGAAUAUCAAAGAUAAUAAAGAAGAGAUCAAUCCAUUUUCUAAUGAUAAUUUCGAAGGUAUAUCAUCAAUUACAACAACAACAAUAGAAAAUAAAAAUAGUUCAAAUCUAAUUGAACGUAAAACAAGCAUAGAUGAUUUAAAAACUAUAGCUAGACCACGUGUUAAACCAGUUAGACAAGAAACUUUAUCAGGUAAUAAUCCGUUCCGUAAACGUUCAGAUAUUGAUGAACCUGAUAUGUUAAACAUUGAUCCUCAUAUUACUGAUACUGCUGACAUUCCAACCGAUGAAUUAACACGUAUAGCAUCUGCAAUUAAAUUAAUUAGUCCACAGAAUAAAAUAAGUCUUCAUAGUAAAAUAAAAGAUAGUUUUGAUAGCAAUACUAGUGAAUCAUUUAAUGGAGAAGUUGAGGAAUCAAAAGUUGAGCUACAAAAUUCUGAAAUAAUACAAACAAUUGAAAAUGUAAAUGUCAAUUUAGAUGGUUUUGAUCCACUGCAAACUAUUUAUCCGGAUAGUGAAGAUGAGAAUUCAUCUCAUUCAAAUGAAUCAAGAACACUACACAUUACAAUAAAUCAAGAUCAACAACAAAAUACUGCUUUGAAAUUGAAACCAACGGUAGAAUCAACAGAUAAUGAUAAUAAAUUACCAAUCACUAUACAACCUCCACCACAACAGUCAAAAUCAAUAAAUAUUCUUGAUUUAAGUAUUGAAUCGAUUAGUAAUGAAGAAAAUAAAAUGAUAUCAAAAGGGAAUAAUCGUUCUACUGAUGAAAAAAAUGCUAAUAUUUCUCCGACUACACCUCCUGGAUGGGUAGACUUCUUUGAUGAUGACGAUGAUAAUAAUGGUAAUAAUAAUAAUUGUGAUAACAAUGCUUUAUCAAAUUUUACCUCAUUUAAACUUGAUAAAGAUGUUGUUGAUAAAGCAUUUGAAAUUCAGUUGGAACAAGAAGACGAAAAUAACAGAAGUAAACCAGAAUCAGCUUAUCCGGAACCCCCAAGACCGGAAACACCAGAUCCAGAAUUGGAUAUACCAUUUCAUCCAUUUGUUAAUACAGAAGAUACUUGGCGUUUAUGGUUAAGAUAUCCAGAGAAGAAAACACGUGUUAAACAAAUUAGCAAGUAUACAACAGAUAGAUAUUGGCGUGAAGUAGCCGUAAGACUAAUUGAAGAACAUGGUCGGAAAGUAGUAGCUCUUCAUGAAAUUAUUGAGAAUACAGAUGAAAUUUCACCUGAACCAUAUAGAACUGUACGUAUUGAGCCAUAUAUGCAGUUGUCUAGAGAAAAAUUACAACAAUAUGAUAAGUAUGGUAAACUACAUGUUUUUAAAUUAAAUCAUGUUUCUUAUAAAGAAUUAGUUGGAAUGAGACCGGAGAAAUUUUCAAUAAAAAAUUUACAAAAUUUAGUUACCCAUAAGCCUAAACAAAAUAUCACACUAGAUCAUAUACCAAUAUAUACAGAAAUAUUAAAAUUUGGUUCAUUAGAUCAGGCAAGAAUUCGUAGAUUGAUGCCGGUGUUUGAAGAUGCUUUAAUGAAAAUACCAUCACAUAAAGAUACAUCAUUAAAUUAUAGUCGUGAAGAGGUUUGCUGUUAUGUUGUUGAUGAAUAUGAAGGUAAAUUAAAUGUACAUGGGACCAUUUUAGAGCAGAAAGCACGUACUCGAAUAUUCUGCACAGCGUUUGUUAAUGGUGGUCCACAUAUAGUACUUGGACUAAAUGAUAAAUGGCGUUUUGGUCGCGAGGUUGUCAGACGUUCUGAUAUAUUACCAGUAAUGCACGAUGAAUGGAUAAAUAUACAAAAACCAGAAUUUCAUUCAUGCGUACAAAUGGAUGAAUACGAAAAAGAUCAUAUGUUACAAUUCUAUCCAUUAGACGGCUGUCGAUUUGAAUUAUUAAGAUUUCGUGUUAGCCUACGUGGGAACAGAGAAUUACCAAUGCAAGUUAAAGUCACAUAUACGAUUGAUGGACGCCGAGUCUCGAUGAGGUGUGAUUUACUGGUACCAGGCUAUUUUAGUGCUAGUAAACGAUCUGGUGCAGUACCGUGUGAAAAAGUUGAAAUACACAUUCCUUUUCCAGAAGAAUGGAUAUAUCACUUAAGAGUUGAAAAGCAUCAUAAAUAUGGUUCUGUACAUUCUACAUUACGUAAGCCAGGUAAAAUUAAAGGUCUAGAAAGGAUCACACAAAUGGCUCAAAGUUUAUUACCACCAAGCAUGUUGGAAGCAAGUAUCGGUGUUGCAAAAUAUGAACAUUUAUAUAAGGCUAUUGUAUGGCGUAUACCAAGAGUACCAGAAAAAUCGGAAGCAUCAUUUCGUCCACAUCUAUUAACCUGCAAUUUAGUAUUAGCUCCACACGAUACAGUACCUGAAUGGGAAACUUUAAUUCCAUACUGCCAGAUUGAAUAUACUAUGCCGUCAAGUACAGUAUCUGGCGCGACUGUACGUUCAAUUAGCGUAGAGCACACAGGUAAUGUGGAGAAAUUUGUAAAAUAUCUUACCAAAUAUAAGUAUACAAUGGAUAUCGACUAUCAGUUAGGUAGUCGUAAAGAGCCAGUUUUGAAAUCCCUUCUAGAUGAAAAUACAUCUAGUUUAUAUGAAACAUCAGAUGAACAAACACCAUCAAAUCGAACAUAUGAAAAAAAUACUUCAAAUAAUAACAUCACUGAUAAUAACAAUAAUCACUCAAUGAAAUCAGAAGAACAUGAUCGUGUCAACAACAUAACGACAGUUAUUUCUGAUGAAGCAGAAACAAACCAGACAGCACCUACAGAAUUUGGUGAUCUUUUAGGUUUGGGUUCAGAGUUUGAUAUAAUGUCUGAUGUUCGAUCAGAACAAUCUAAGUCUAGUAAUACUGAUAACAUUUUUUAA